AUGAGUGAAGAAACAUCACCUUUACGAUAUUACCUUCUUAAUACUUCGUUUCACGGUUUUCGGUAUAUUUCGGAAGCUGGAAGGCACUGGACUGAGCGUGCUUUUUGGACUCUCUGCUGCCUCCUCAGCUGGAUCGCCACCCUCCUCCUAAUCAAAUCCUCCUGGGAGGACUUCCAAACCAACGCCAUCAGCUUCGUCGUCGACACCAACUACCUCCCCUGGGACACCCACUUCCCCUCCAUCUCCGUCUGCGAAAGUGACAACCAGAAACGCAUCGCCGAAAUCACCGACAGCAUCUACGGCGACCCCCACGACUACAACCUCGACGAAAUCGUCAAAGAACUAGUCUACUUCCGCGGCCUCUCCUUCUACACUCUACAAAUAUGCGGCCCAGAAGCCCAAAUCCCCAGCGAGGACUGCGCCAAAGACAACCUAGGACACUUCUCCCAACUUGUGAGAAGCAACUGCAGCCAGAUUUUCAAAAAGUGCAAGUGGAACGAGGAGGAGUUUGACUGUUGUGCGUUUUUCGGGGCGCUGGACACGGAGAUGGGGGUUUGCUAUGCGAUUAAUUCUAUUCAAGAGGAGAAGAUGAAGAAGUUGAAGAUGGUAUCGAAUAUUAAAACAGGGCCUGGAAAGUUGUACUUGGAGAUUAAUGGAUUUGCGAAUGUUUAUAUCCUGGGGGAACAGGAGGUGCCCUCCAUGACGACGCUGACCACUGAUGUGAUACAAGUCACCCCUCAUAUACACUAUAGGAGGUUCUUGGCGGUCAAAGAGAUUGACAAUCAACCAGAAGUGAAAGAUGUGAGCAUUCGACAACGCAAAUGUCGUUUUUCGGAUGAAUCAGAUUUGAAUGUUUAUCGCUACUAUAGCUAUAGCGCUUGUUGCGUGCAAUGUCGGAAAGACGCUCAACUCAAAAUCUGCAAUUGUGCCCACCACCUAAUGCCCAACACAACCCCGAAGAACAAAUGUAACAUUACGGGCCUGUACUGUUUAAGCAAACAUUACAACGAAUUGUCUGUUUUAAAGCCGUAUUGGGCCAACAGGACCGGACUAGUGUGCGAUUGUUUGCCCAGCUGUACUGAGAUGGAGUUGGCUGUGGUCAGGGAUGACAAAACUGGCAUUCCUGAAGAUUACGCCAUUGUGGAACUGGCUUUAGAGCGUUUGCCCACUGAACGCUACAAAAGGAAUGUUGUAAGAGGAAAAUUAGAUCUAGUCGUGUCAAUGGGUGGCGGCACUGCUCUUUUUUUGGGCGCCAGUAUUUUGAGUUUCGUCGAAGUGUUGUACUACUUUUUCGUGCGACCUGUCAGCAAUUCAAUAAUUGCUAACGAAAAAAUGAAAGAAAAUCGGAAGUUUCGUCGAUUCAACGUCAAAAAUCAAGCAAGACUACCAACGAUUUCUUAAAAUUUUAUUCAAGCAUUUCUCUUAAUUUUUUCCUUAAGAUUUUCCCAAUUUCGUUUCUUGGAAUCUCCUCCACGAACCUCACUCCUCCAUGCAAAUGCUUCUCCUUCGCCAGAAACUUCCCCACAUGUUCCAUCAACUCCCUCUCUUCCAAGUCCGCCCCCUUCACGACGAACGCCACUGGCAACUCCCCGUACCUCUCAUCAGGCUUACCAACCACCGCAGCGUCGGUAACUCCC